UUAAAAAAAAAUUAAAAUGCGUCAUCCUUUGAAUAAAAGAAGCCCAUUUCGCACACAUAGAGCCAUUUUAUGUUUAAUCUCUUCACAUGAACAUCGAAACAAUGACUUCGAGUGAAAUCAACGAAUUUUUCAAAAACCAGACAGUUUUUCUUCUUGGUGGAACCGGUUUUUUGGGAAAAAUCGUAAUCGAAAAACUCCUUCGAUUGGACCAAAUUGCAAAAAUCUACAUUUUAGUGCGUCCCAAAAAAGGGAAAAGUGUCGACGAACGUUUCUGCGAAUUGUUCAAUUUUCCGUGUUUUGAGCGUUUGAAAAAUAAAAAUCCCCAAUUUGGAAAAAAAAUUGCUUUGGUGAGUGGUGAUUGUGAACAACCGAAUUUGGGAAUUUCACAAGAGACUGAAGAUGUCCUAAUUGCCGAAACAAGUAUCGUGAUACAUGCCGCUGCGAACGUCAAGUUUGACCAACCUUUGCGAACUGCGACUUAUAUCAAUGUUAGAAGCACACAGGAUUGUAUCCAUUUGGCUAAGAAAAUGCCAAAUUUGAAAGCUUUCAUUUAUGUAUCCACAGCUUACUCCAAUUGUCCCUAUUUUGACAUCGAUGAAACGUUUUAUGAACCUGCAAUGACCCCUAAAAAUUUACUUUCAGUUGUAGACUCUUUAGAUGACAAAACUUUGGACAAAGUAACUCCAGGAUUAAUGGGCAAAUGGCCCAACUCUUAUGUCUUCACCAAAACCAUAGCUGAGGAUUUGAUCAAAUCUGAAGAAAAAAAUCUUCCAAUAGCAAUAGUACGACCAGCGGUAAUAAUGUCAAGUGUUAAGGAACCUAUGCCUGGAUGGAUUGACAGUUUCUACGGCAUUACAGGAGUGACAGUAGCUAUAGCUUUAGGAGUCGUCCGAAGUUUGUAUUGCCAAAAAAAUGCAACAGUACAUUUGGUACCUUGCGAUUACGUUUGUAACAUAAUCCUGGCAUCAGCAUGGCAUGUGGGCCAACAAAAGUCUAGAACACUUACCAUUUAUAAUUACGUCGGUUCAAACACAAAUGCAGUGACUUGGCAAAAAUACAACGAUUUGAUCGAGAGAUGCGCUUGGGAUUACCCAACGACCAAAGCUGUGUGGUACUAUGGUUUCGCAUUCACCGAUAAUAAAUUUUAUCACGACUUACAAACGUUUCUUUUCCACACUGUUGUAUUUUCUUUAGUCGAUUUUAUUCUACAAUGUAUGGGAAAAAAACCAAUUGCUGUUCAAAACAUAAAACGAUUAGAUCUUGCCUUGAACCUGGUGACUUAUUUCACGAUUAAUUCCUUUAGUUUCAAGCAUGACAAUGUUGACAAACUUUGGAAACAAAUGAAUGAUCAAGAUAAAAAUUUGUACAGUUUUGACAUGAGCACACUCGAUUGGAGUUCUUAUAUCAGGUCGUUCGUGAUUGGUGGAAGGGUCUACCUCCUGAAGGACCCUCUGGAGACUAUUCCCGAGGGACAUAAGAAGGUGCAAUUUCUAGCUGUUGCGUACUACUUCACAAUGGGGGUGUUAAUUUGUCUCAUUUAUUUUUUCAUCAAGUUUGUUUUAAAACUUGUGCUUUAAUUCAAUACAGGUUACUACUGCUAUGUCUAAAUCUAAUACUAGAUGUCGCGCGAAUGUCAAUCCAAAUAAAACAAAAAAAUUUUUGGGGCGAGUUUUUAAAUAAAUAAUAAUUUUUUCGC